AACCUUUUUGACCUAACUUUCUCUUCAUAUGGAACCCCGAGAAGGCUCCACACAACAUCUGAAACAUUAACAAGAUCUCAUUCAAUCUCACAUCUAAAAUUCUGAGCCACUAGUUCUUCACAAACAUCUCAACAUGGCAAGGUACCAUGAUCAGUACUACUACUGGUGGGAGUAUUUGUCUUUCCCUCUCCACCUUGUGUUCUUCGUGAUCAUCCUUUUGUUCGUGCUGGCAUUCUCCUGGUACAUAAACUACGAGUCCUUGUUCGAGGACUUGCUUGUGCAGGUGAAGAUCUUUCUGGCUCUGGUUCCACUGCUGUUGCUGCUGGUAGUUCACUGCCUCUCAAGCGGAGCAUCGUUCCCAAUACCGUUGCCAGAAGAGAGAGAGUCGCUUCACAGAGCUGGAGGGUCUCCAUGGGGAGUGGCACUGUUGCUUCUCUUUGUCUUGUUCAUGAUGGCUUACCAAUCUUCCUUCCACCAACGUUGGUUUCCUUUGGCUACAAGAUGAGAUGAUUACUGUUGUUACUGUUUCUAUCAAGAGGUAACUAAACCAGUAAAAGUUAUUGUAAGACAGAGAACUUAGUCUGAGAUCAUUUUUCUCGUAUCAGAGAAUAAGUGCAGUGAACUGUUAAUUUUCCUUUGGAGUGGUGGUAUCCAUAGUCCAGUGAGUUAUAUAGCUACAAUAGGUUACUUUUGCACGACUAUAUGGCAAAUUUUGAAGCAGCUUCAUGCAAUGUUGUAUGUAAGAUUUAAUGGCCAUGCUAUUUUCUUAUGAUUUGUUUUGGUUUUAGAUAAAUUAUUACUACAUAACUCCAACUUUAGAAGGGGCUUUUUCUUUUUCUUUUUCUUUUCUUUCUUGUUGUGGAUUAAUGAAGGAGAGUUCACAGGA